AUGGCUUUAACAUUGCGGAGGGUCAUGGAUACAGCAAAACAGGUUACAAAAUCUGGAAACUUGAAUGAAUUUUCAAUGGUCCUGCUCAAUAACACACUUUCGUUGCCCUUAGGAGUUCUACUUAUCUUUACCUUUAAGGAAGUGGAUUAUCUCUCUAAAACUGACAUGACACUGGUUACAUGGCUGAACUAUACUGUUUUGAGUGGGAUUAGAUCUUGCUAUAAACCUUUUAUCUUCGGAGCAGUCCCAUAUGGCCAUUGUGGUGGGAUCUGUUUCUUGGACCCUUCUACCAAACUAAGAGAUUAG